AAUCGCACUUUCAUUUUCGUUUUAAGAGCUUUUACUCAUUGUGCAUCGUCUGCAUCCAUCUCCACAGCGGUCGCUAUCAGGGAUCGCGCACGUUAUACGAGUGCAGCUCCCCAAAUUACAUACAUUUUAUACUAGUUAUUACGACAGAAGCCGCGUGGGGUCGAGGCUGUGCUAAGCAACCUGGAAACAGUCCGCGAGCGACAGGACGGCGUCUGCCCUCGAUAAAGACGUAAGUAGCUAACAGGCUAAUUUACCUCAGAUACUUCUUGCGAAUAUAUAUCCACAUCUAUAAAUGGGGAAAUUCAUUCUGCAAAAAGGAUGCAGAAGAAGAUGGCUUUCUCGCCAUUCCUUUGUCUCUGCCUGGAUGUUCUUGCCCUGCAAGUCAUUCGCUGGGCCCAGCUCUCCGAUCUCCUCAUCCCCCACCCCUUCAUCACCCUUUGGGGAGGUGGAUUGCUCCGUGCCUCCCUCCUGCUCUCCUUCACCCUGUGUCAUAGCUGCCCACAUUGGCUGAAAGGGCGAGAGGGGACCCAGACCUUGUUGGUGCUCAGCUUUGUCUCUCCGGCCUACAUCACCUUACUGAAGGCCUGUGGGCAGCCAACGUUCGAGCUCCUUUGGGGAUGGCAUUCCUGGCAAGGGAUAAUACAGGGAUAUGGAGUCACAGUUGUGUCUCUCCUCCUCUGGCAACAAUACAUACCGUCUCUCUCCUUCAAGAAAGCAGAGGACCCUAAGAAAAAAAAUGGGGCUUCCCUGAAACGGCUGCUGGGAUUCAUGACCCCAUACACCAUGCGAUUCUUGGCCGUCAUCGUUUUUGUGACGGUCUCCUCCUUGGGUGAGAUGGCCAUCCCCUACUACACUGGCCGCAUGACAGACUGGAUCAUGAACGAGGACGAACCGGAGGCCUUUACCCAUGCUAUCACCGCCAUGUCACUCAUCACUAUUAUGAGUGCCGUCUGUGAGUUUGUGUGCGACCUCAUCUACAACAUCACCAUGAGUCGCAUCCACACCUUCAUUCAGGGCCAGGUCUUCAGGUCCGUGCUGAAGCAGGACAUCGCCUUCUUUGAUAAGGCAGAUACUGGUGAAAUUGUGUCACGCAUCACCACGGACACUAACACAAUGAGCGAGUCUCUGAGCGAGAAGCUGAGCCUCCUGAUGUGGUAUUUCAUGCGCGUCAUCUUCCUCUUCACCUUCAUGCUGUGGCUCUCGUGGAAGUUGUCUGUCUUCACUCUGCUGGGGCUGCCCGUCAUCCUGGUCAUUCCCAAGAUCUCGGGAAGAUUCUACCAGUCAUUGUCAGUUAAAGUGCAGGAGUCGCUUGCCCGGGCAAAUAGUGUUGCAAUGGAGACCUUCUCCUCCAUCAAGACAGUGCGCAGCUUUGCCAACGAGGAUGGAGAGACAGAGAGGUAUAAGAAGAGGCUGGAGGAAACCUACUCCCUAAACAAAGUAGAGGCUGCAGCCUAUGCUGCUUCUACCUGGACCAACAGUUUGUCUAGUUUGGCUCUGAAGGUCAGCAUUCUGUACUAUGGUGGCUGCCUAGUCACAGGAAAGAACGUCAGCAGUGGGGAUCUGGUGUCCUUCGUCCUGUAUGAACUGCAGUUCAGCUCCGCUGUUGAGGUUCUGAUGUCAUACUAUCCCCAUGUGAAGAAGGCUAUUGGGGCCUCUGAGAAGAUCUUUGAAUAUAUGGACAGACAGCCCCAAGUUCCCCCAGAGGGUUCUUUGGCCCCCAAAACCCUACAGGGAAAUCUGGAGAUCAGAAAUGUCACCUUUGCCUAUCCAAGAAGGCCUGACACUCCUGUGCUCAAGGGCUUCUCUCUGAAGCUGAAACCCGGUGAGAUAACUGCUUUGGUUGGGCCUUCGGGUGCGGGAAAGAGCACCUGUGUGAAUCUGCUGGAAAGAUUCUACCAGCCACAGGAGGGGGAGAUCCUGCUGGAUGGGCAGCCUUUGUACAGCUAUCAGAACCAGUAUCUGCAUGGCAAGAUUGCCGUGGUGAACCAAGAGCCUGUCCUCUUUGCCCGUUCUGUGAGGGAAAACAUCAAAUAUGGCCGUGAGGACGCCACCGAAGAUGAAAUGAUCAAGGCAGCCAGGCUCGCUGAAGCACAUGAGUUCAUCUCUAAACUGCCAAAAGGAUAUGACACAGACGCCGGGGAGAAAGGGGGUCAGGUCUCAGGGGGACAAAAGCAGCGCAUUGCCAUCGCCAGAGCCCUGAUUCGACACCCCAAGAUCCUGGUGCUGGAUGAUGCCACCAGCUCUCUGGACACAGAGAACGAGCAUCGGGUGAACGAGGCUGUGUUGAAGAUUUCGAAGCAGUGUGCCGUGUUGCUGAUUGCUCACAAGUUGAGCACUCUAGAGAUGGCCAAUCACAUCGUCUUCCUGCGCAGCGGUGAAGUGAUAGAGGAAGGCACUCAUGAAGAGCUGCUUAGGAAUGGCGGGGCUUACGCCCAACUAGUACAGCAGCAAAACACUGCAUUCCAGCGCAAUUCAGAGUAACAGCCGGACACAGUGGGAGGGUUAGAACCAUAUACAAUUACACACUGCAAGCACACCUUAACAGUUUUUUCAAAUGAUUCAAUAAUACAUGUAGAUGCAAUAGAGUAUUAAUGUGGAGUGUUACUGCACAUUCUGGAAUUUUGGUGACCGGCAGGAACAAAAUACAGUCAAGAAAGUUUCUGAUAAAGGAAAAACGGUGCCUGGCCCUUAAAGUAUCAUUUUACCAAAGAAACCUUCUUUCCAUUUCUCCCUUUGCUUCAGUUAGCCCUUUCAGGCCAGUCACUGGCACUUCCUGUUCCCUGGCAAGGUAUAAUCACAAAUAUAAUUAAUCAAACAAUCAGUCCUUCCCACAAAGCCAACCUUAACAUUUUUCUUGCUCCAAAUAUGCACAAUGUAUAUAUGUUUUGUAAAUUGUAUUUGUUGUUGCUGUAUGCAUUUAAAAUGUCCUUUAUUACUAUUUAUUUUCUUAUGAAAUUGGGAGGGAAAUGAUUCCUUGGAAUUAUAAUGGAGAAAUCUUCAAAAACAGCUAAUUUCUGUACUUUGAUAUUCCUUUUUUUUUUACUCACACAUUCCCAACCAGAUUUUCAGCCAGUAAACAAAUACUGCACAGUCCUGCAGAUGGUUCACAAAUGCCCCAAUGUGCAUGUCCAAAUCGUGUGGAAAUCAUAAUAAAAAUACAUGGCAGAAAAGGCUUAA